AUACACACAAAAAAAAAAAUGCUUUCAUCACUUCCUGUUGAUUCAACACAGACCCCUCAAAUAGUACUGUUUCCAUUCAUGGCCAAAGGCCACACAAUCCCUUUGCUGCAUUUGGCCCAACUUCUUGUGGCUCGAGGCAUUACGGUCACAAUAUUUACCACCAAAGAGAACAAGUCUUUUAUUGCUAAGAGUCUUGAGAGGUGCCCGGAUGGUUGUGUCUCUAUUGUAGACCUUCCGUUUGCCUGUAAUGUUGAAGAAAUACCUCGAGGUGUAGAAAGUACAGAUAAGUUGCCUUCUAUAUCGCUCUUUAGGAAAUUUGCCAUUGCAACAAAGUGUAUGCAGCCUUACUUUGAACAAGCACUUAUGAAUCUUUCCAAUGUCUUGUGUAUCAUUUCUGAUGGGUUUUUGAGUUGGACACUUGCAUCUGCAAAUAAGUUUGGGAUUCCUCGGUUUUCGUUUUAUGGUAUGAGCAACUAUGUAGAUGCUGUGAACCGAGAAGUGGGCUUUAACCGACUCUUGUCAGGACCUGAGUCAGAUGAUGACUUCUUAACUGUGACUAGGUUCCCUUGGAUCAAAGUCACUAGGAAUGACUAUGACGAGCCUUUCAAUCUGCGGGAUCCAAGGGGACCUCAGUUUGACUUCAUAAUGGAGGUAGCUAUGGCGUCACUGAAUAGCUAUGGCUUGAUUUCGAAUAGCUUCUAUGAGCUAGAGCCUCUGUUUAUAUACUAUUUAACUAGUGAGGCAAAAUCCAAAGUUUGGUGUGUAGGGCCUCUUUGCUUGGCCGAGUCUUCAACGAAUGCUGAUCAAAAGCCCAAAUGGAUUGAGUGGCUAGACCUAAAGCAAGCCAGGGGGUGCUUGGUCCUAUAUGUAGCAUUUGGUACACAAGCAGAGAUUUCAACACAACAGCUAGAAGCCAUAUCCAGUGGUUUGGAAGAAUCAGAAGUGGAUUUUUUAUGGGUGGUGAGGAAAUGUGAGACAAGUGUUCUGGAUGGGCUUCAAGAAAAAGUGGGAGAAAGAGGGAUGAUCGUACGAGAAUGGGUGGACCAAAGGGAGAUUCUGAACCACGAGAGCGUGAAAGGGUUUUUAAGCCACUGCGGUUGGAACUCUGUUUUGGAAAGCAUCUGUUCAGGGGUACCAAUACUAGCAUGGCCUAUGAUGGCUGAUCAGCCUCUAAAUGCAAGGAUGGUGGUGGAGGAAAUUAAAAUUGGGUUACGGGUUGAAACAUGUGACGGGUCGGUGAAGGGGUUUGUGAAACCAGAUGGAUUAAAGAAAAUGGUAAAAGAGCUAAUGGAAGGAAAAAAGGGGAAAGAGGCAAGGAAGAAGGUUAAGGAGGUUGCCUCAGCUGCAAAAGAAGCUAUGGCAGAAGGUGGGUCGUCUUGGCGGACACUGAAUGAACUCGUAGAAGAAUUACAAAGUGUUAGAAACUCCAGUAAGAGUAAUGGAGUGGCAUAGAUUUUCUUAUGAACGAUACUCUCUUAGUGAGAAUCCAAUCACCAUAGUCAAAUAAAUGUCGCUUGAUGUAUCAGAAUCUAAGAAACAUGAGCUUUGCAUUUUAUGAUUUGAACUUA